AUGGCACCACUGCAGCCAGAGAGUCUGUUCUCGAAGCUGGAGACAGCGCCGGCCGACGAGGUUUUCGCUCUCAUGGGCGAUUUCCAGGCCGAUACAUUCCCAGAGAAAGCCGAGCAAUUGCUUCUCGAUGACCCAACGUUUGAUCAUGAAUACCUCCCCAUCCCGGGCUAUGCACCGUUCUACAACCUGGCCAGAGAUCUCAUCUUCGGAACAGAAGAUUCAUCCAUUCCAAAGGACCGCAUUGCCAGUCUCCAAACCAUCUCAGGAACAGGCGCAAACCACAUCGGAGCCCGCUUCCUAGCAGACCACCUCCCACAUCUGCCUACCGCUGGUGCAAAGCGCACAAUUUGGAUCUCAGACCCAACCUGGGCCAACCACCAUUUGAUUUGGAACCUUGUCUCAAGCGGAUCGUCGGGAAACCCCAUCGAGCUGAAAACAUACGCUUAUUACCAUGAGCCAACCCGAUCGCUGAACUUUGACGGAAUGAUGAAAGACCUCGAGGCCAAUGCCACUACGGGAGAUGUCAUCCUGCUUCAUGCCUGUGCCCACAACCCCACCGGUAUCGAUCCCACGCGCAGCCAAUGGUUGCAGAUCGCCGACCUAUGUGAACGCAAGGGUCUCUUCCCAUUCUUCGACUCGGCAUACCAGGGUUUUGCCUCUGGCGAUCUCGACAACGAUGCAUGGCCAAUUCGCGAAUUCGCAAAGCGCGGCAUGGAACUAUGCGUUGCUCAGAGUUUCAGCAAGAACCUAGGCCUCUACGGUCAACGAGCAGGUGCUUUCCAUCUUCUCUGCAGAAACGCAGAGGUCACUGCUCGCGCCAGAUCCCAGGUCGUCGAACUCCAGCGUGGAGAGAUUUCUACGCCACCAUCUUAUGGACCACGAAUUGCCGCGAAAAUCCUGAGCGACCCAGCUCUUGUGGAGAUGUGGAAAGAGGAUCUCGUCACCAUGAGCAGCAGGAUCAAGUCCAUGCGCCGUGCACUAUACGAUGAGCUACAGAAGCUCCAGACCCCCGGAACAUGGGAACACAUCAUCAACCAGAUUGGCAUGUUCUCGUAUACCGGUCUCACCAAGGAGCAGGUCGGCCUCCUGCGCGAGUACCAUAUCUACAUGCUUGACUCCGGCCGUAUCUCCAUUGCUGGAUUGAAUACCAGCAACUUGAAAUACGUCGCAGACGCCAUCGACGCAGUGGUCCGCAAAACCGCAAAACCCGCUUCUAACGGAUCCAACGGAUCCAACGGCCAUUGA